GAGGUCUGUGGGAAAAGGGUGGAGACUGGUGACCUGCAGGGAGGUGGAAGCAGUUUGUUUUCAGAAAAAUAGAAAAGAAGGAGUGUUGCAGGUUGUUCAGACAGGAUGGACUGGUUUUGUGCUCCGUUUGCGUUCCCCUCGUUCAUUCACUGGCAGGAGCAGAGCGGGAGCAGAAGUUAACUUUUUCUGCAUAUCUUGGCCCUGAAAGCAAGCUUCAACAUGUCCGAGGAGGAAGAACACUAUGGAAAACACGGUGAGCCCUUCAAACACGACCCCUCCUUCAAGGGACCCAUCCAGAACAGGUCCUGCACUGAUAUCGUCUGCUGCAUCAUCUUUAUUAUCGCUAUACUGGGCUAUAUUGCAGUGGGAAUACUCGCCUGGUCCCAGGGCGAUCCAAGGAAGGCAAUCUACCCAACAGAUAGUAGAGGCGACUUCUGCGGACAGGCUGGGACUCCGCUCGAGAAUAAGAGGAAGUUGUUCUACUUCAACAUCAUGAAGUGUGCCAGCCCCAUGGUGCUGCUUUCAUUCCAGUGUCCAACCACACAGCUGUGCGUGGAGAAGUGUCCCGACAAGUUUAUGACCUUAGCCAAAGCCUAUACCAACAACAAAGAAUUUUAUUACUACAAAAACUUCUGCAAGGAGACUGUGACAAGUUCAAUGAGUUUACCAGAAAUUCUUCGUGACAGACUCUGCCCCACUAUGCUGAUCCCCAGCAAGUCAUUCACCCGUAGGUGCUUUCCAGCUUUGGGAUUGAAAGGAGGUGUAGUAACUGUUGGAAACAGCACCACGUUUGAUGAUGGAGAAGGAAACCAACGGGAUGCUAAAGAUCUUGUGGAUGGAGUAAAGAAUGCCACUGUGGUCAUGGAGGCUCGUCAGGUGGUUAUGAAAAUAUUUGAGGAUUACACGCAGUCCUGGUACUGGAUCCUUAUAGGGCUGGUUAUCGCCAUGCUGCUCAGUCUGCUGUUCGUCGUCCUCAUGCGCUUCCUGGCCGGCAUCAUGAUCUGGAUCAUCAUCAUCGCUGUCAUAGCUGUAAUAGGAUACGGAAUCUUCCACUGCUACAUGGAGUAUAACAGCCUGAAGAAUGAGCCGGGCGCCAACGUGACUCUACAGGAGCUGGGCUUCCAUACAGACUUCACCAUCUACCUGCAAGUCAGACAAACAUGGCUGGCCUUCGUGAUCAUCCUGGCCAUCGUGGAGGUCAUCAUCAUCCUGCUGCUCAUCUUCUUGCGGAAGAGGAUCCUCAUUGCCAUUGCUCUCAUCAAAGAGGCCAGCAAAGCCAUUCGAUAUAUGAUGUGUUCCAUGUUUUACCCGCUGUUCACCUUCUUGCUCCUGGCAAUAGUCGUCGCUUACUGGGCCGUAACUGCUGUCUUCUUGUCCACUUCCAACGAUGCCAUCUACAAAGUGGUCAGUCAGUUCAAUUGUGUGCACUCUGGAAACUCUUGUGAUCCUGCUAACUAUUCCACAAGUAAGAUGAAAGCGGAGUGCCCGGAUUCACAGUGCAAUUUUGCCUACUACGGCGGAGAAACGGUUUACCACAAGUACCUGAUUGCCCUGCAGUUCUACAAUGUCUUCCUCUUCUUCUGGUGCGCCAACUUCGUCAUCGCUCUGGGACAGAUGUCUUUAGCUGGGGCUUUCGCCUCCUACUACUGGGCCUUCUCCAAGCCAGGCGACAUUCCCACCUUCCCGGUGUUUUCCGCCAUGGGGAGAUCUCUAAGGUAUCACACAGGGUCUCUGGCGUUUGGUUCUCUAAUCCUAUCAAUCGUUCAGAUCAUCAGAGUUCUGCUGGAAUAUUUGGACCACAAGCUGAAAGGAGCCGAAAACAAAUUUGCAAAGUUCCUGCUGUGCUGUCUGAAGUGCUGCUUCUGGUGUUUGGAGAAAUUCAUCAAGUUCAUGAACAGAAACGCCUACAUUAUGGUGGCGGUCCAUGGCAAAAACUUUUGCGCCUCUGCAAUCAGUGCCCUCAAUCUCCUUGCGAGAAACCUGCUCAGGGUCGCUGUCGUAGAUAAGGUGACGGACUUCCUGUUAUUUUUGGGAAAACUGCUCGUCGUUGGGCUUGUGGGGGUCUUUGCCUUCUUUUUCUUCUCUGGAAGAGUGAAAGCAUUUGAGAAUACAGCGCCCAACCUCCACUAUUACUGGGUGCCAAUCCUGACUGUGGUGAUUGGCUCGUAUCUCAUCGCCCACGGGUUCUUCAGCGUAUACGACAUGUGUGUGGACACGCUGUUCCUCUGCUUCUGUGAAGACCUGGAACGCAAUGACGGCUCACCUGCGAGGCCUUAUUACAUGUCAACAACUAUCCGGGAGAUUCUGUGGAAGGGCGAGGUGGCAGAUCCGAGCGCCUCUCCUGCACUGCAGCCACAGGAUGAAGACGGCAGGCUGAGAAAUCCCCAGAAGGACAAACUUUAGAGAUGAGGACUUUGUGCUGAAUUAGAAGUACAACAAAGAAGUGUGGUGAUCCUUUUUUCUGAGGAGCAGAAACAUUGACGAACAAUGCGACAAAUUGCCUUAAAUGGAACCAUUUAGUUAUGAAUAGCCGUCGAAAAGCUUCCUUUUUAUUAAUAUUAGAAAACUUAAGAUGAUGAUUAAAUGUAAAGCAUCCGAUACAAAUACAGGUAUCGCCAUAUCUGAUUAGUUCCGCAGAUACUGAUCCGAUACAGAAAAAUGGUGCUGAAUUGACUUAAUUUUUUUUUUUUUUUUUUAAACCAAGUGGACGAGUACAGCACACUUGAAUACACCAGUAGCUUCACAAGCUUGGUCUAACAUGUAAAACUAAAAUGCAACUUUCAUUAAAAUAAAUUAGGAAUAAUUCAGCACCAUUUUACUUGCUUGGUUUGGUAAAGACCAAACCUCAUGAGUGGUUCUCACCGCUCAGCAGUUGACGUUUCCGUUGCUUAUUCAGCAAUGAGAAAUUUGGUCAAUGCAUUACCGUUUGAGUACUUUUGUAAAAUGUUCAAAAGUCUACAAAGUGAAUGAUUUCUGACAGGAUUUGAUUCUAAUCUGAAGCGUUUGCUUUCAAUGUGCAGUAGCACAGCAGUGACCUUUUCUUCUUUGGGGAUAGUGUUCAUCUCCUCAGUUAAACCAGUGGGAAAUCUGGCUGCCAUUUUGACACUUUUGCCUUCUUAAAUGGUUGCUUCUGCAACCAGUGGAAACUUGACGGCCAUGUUGUGCCUCUGGUCCUCCAUUUCUAUUAAAA